AUGGCGUCCCUCUCGCUCUCUCGGGCUCUACCUCAGCUGCCUCGCUUUGGCCUCCUCUCUGCCGCAAUCGCCUUACCUUCCAUCUCCAUCACUGUUCCGCCGCUACUGUCCGAUCUCUGGGAUUCUGUCCUCCGCGCCGUCCCGAAGAAGAAGACCUCGCACAUGAAAAAGCGUCAUCGCCAAAUGGCUGGAAAAGCUCUGAAGGAUGUUCAAAGUCUCAACAAGUGUCCAGGUUGUGGCCAGGUGAAGCGAGCUCAUCUGUUGUGUCCCAAUUGCGUGAAAGAUAUCCAGCAAUCAUGGAAGUCGGCCCAAACCGCAUGA